AUGUCCAUUGUGACUACCCCUGGAGUGUAUUUCAUUCCCCAUUACUCAGUGUAUGCAGGAUCACCAGCGACAAGUAAACUACGCGUGGUGUUCGAUGCGUCGGCUACGUCCGGAUCUAAAAGUUCUUUAAAUCAGUGUCUCUAUACCGGACCCAAGCUACAACAGGACAUUGUUGAUAUUUUAUUUCGGUUCCGUAUUUAUGAAUAUGCGUUCACAGCAGACGUGUGUAAAAUGUACAGGCAGAUUUUGGUGCUUCCAGAAUACCGAAAGUUUCAACACAUAUUUUGGAGACCAUCUCCAUUGGAUAAAAUUGAGGAAUUUGAACUCAACACGGUAACUUAUGGUACAAAUUGUGCUCCGUUCCUUGCGUUGCGAGUCUUACAGGAUAUUGCGGAACAGGAGUGCACUGAUUUACCACAGGUUCGUAAUGCGUUGCAACGCCAAACCUUUGUCGAUGAUAUUUGUGUGGGCGCAUCCAGUACUUCUGAAUUGCUACAACUUCAAUCUGAUUUGCAGAUGGUGCUUGGUUCGGCUGGAUUAGAAUUGAAAAAAUGGUCUAGCAAUUCCGUCCAGGUGCUAUCGGCCGUGUUGCCGGAAAAUAGAGCGGUCACGGCUGUAAACUUUAAUGACCACGAUGGUGGCUUGGUUAAGGUUCUCGGUUUGCAGUGGCAGUCGUAUAAAAAUGUGUUCGAGUUCAAAGUACAGUUGUCAUCCAAGGCUUUCACUAAACGUUCCGUUCUAUCCGCCAUAGCACAAAUUUUUGACCCCCUGGGUUUCAUUGCCCCUGUGGUAUUUCAUGCAAAGCAUAUUUUACAGCUCAUUUGGAAAACUGAAUUAAAUUGGGAUGACCCGCUACCACAGUAUUUGGCCGCCAGAUGGCAAGCAUUCGUUGAGGAUCUUAACGCGUUAACUAACAUUCAGAUAUCCAGACACAUCUCUGUCGCGAUAUUUCGCUCAAUUUAUUGGGUGUAA